AUGGCUCAAACACAAGAUAGUCAAGAGGGGCAAGAUCAAGACGAAGAUGAAGAUCAAGAAGAAGAAGAAGAAGAAGAACCAGAAGAUCAAGCUAACAAUAAACGUAUUAUUCUUCAGAGAUUUACAGUAUACAAUUCCAAGACCACCAUGUACAUUGUGGGAAGUAAUGCCAAAGAAAGUCUUUUUAGAAUCAUGGAAAUUGGCAUUGAAGAAGAAGACGAAUCAAAGUUGGUAAUUAUUGAAGAUAAGAACUAUUUCUAUACUCGUAAAGACAUGGUUGAAUUGUUGAAUGGGUUGAAUGAGUCUAUAGAAGGUGGAAUUCAUAAAAUUGUCCAUGGGUUUGGAUUAUUGGGUUUGAUCAGAUUCACAAAAUGUUACUACUUGAGUAUAAUCACCAAAUGCUCUCAAGUAGCAAUACUAGGUGGUCACUUUAUCUACCACAUUGACGAAACAAAGUUAAUCCCCAUCGAAAUCAAUUACAAGAAGCCAGAAAAGUAUAGUGACGAAGAAAGGCUCCUCUCCAUCUUCAAAUAUUUGGAUUUAAGCAAGACUUUUUAUUUCAGUUAUGCUUAUGAUAUUACAAACUCGUUACAGACAAACUUUAUGAGAAAUAAACAAGCCUAUACUGAAAACGACUUGUUUAAUUCUUUUGAUCACAAUGAACGAUUUGUAUGGAAUAACUUGUUAUUAAAACCAAUUAUAGAAAACAAUCAUGAAAUCACAACAUACGAAUGGUUCCAACCAAUAAUCCAUGGAUUCAUCGAUCAAGCAAACAUAAGCAUUUAUGGAAGAAAGUUGUAUAUUACCAUAAUUGCCCGAAGAUCCCAUCAUUUUGCUGGAGCAAGAUUCCUUAAACGAGGUGUCAAUGACACUGGGAAUGUAGCUAAUGAAAUUGAAACUGAACAAAUUGUCUCAGAUAUGCUAACUUCAAGUUUCCAUGAUUGCAAGUAUGGCUUUUAUAAUAAUCCAAGAUAUACCAGUUUUGUCCAACAUCGAGGCUCGAUUCCUUUGUAUUGGACUCAAGAUUUAAAUAAAUUACCCAAACCACCAAUCGAAAUCAAUUUGAUAGAUCCUUAUUACCAAAGUUCAGCUAAACAUUUCAAUAAUUUGUUUCAUAGGUAUGGGCUGCCUAUAAUAAUCUUGAACUUGAUUAAACAAAAGGAAAGACAACCUCGAGAGCUGAAAUUAAAUGUCCAUUUCAUGAAUUGUAUAAGGUAUCUUGAUCAGUUUUUACCAGAAGAACAUAAAUUACAGUAUUAUCUGUUUGAUAUGUCAAAGCAUUCAAAGAAAAAUCUUGAUGUUAUAACCCCGUUACAAAGAAUUGCGCAAAAGUCGAUAAGUCAAAUUGGAUUCUUUCAUAAUGGUGUGGAUUUACAAACAACUAAAUUGCAGCACGGUAUAAUACGUACAAACUGUAUUGAUUGUUUGGAUCGUACUAAUGCAGCCCAAUUCAUUAUUUGCAAAGAAGCUUUGGUAUAUCAAUUACAAGCUUUAAAGAUUAUUCCUCCACAUAAGACCUUGGACUAUGAUUCUGAUUUAAUUAACAUAUUAACAGAAAUAUUCCAUGAUCAUGGUGAUACAAUUGCCAUACAAUACGGAGGAUCGAAUCUUGUGAAUACUAUGGAUUCCUAUCGACGUAUAAACCAAUGGUCUUCCCAUACAAGAGAUAUGUUGAAUAGUAUUAAACGAAUGUACUCAAACUCGUUCAUGGAUCAAAUUAGGCAGGAUGCAAUCAACCUAUUUUUAGGUAACUAUGUAUAUUCUGCCAGUAAACCCAAACUAUGGGAAUUACUGAAUGAUUUUUCACUCCAUAAUGAACGAGAUGUUGAAAACUUACGGCUUAAACCAAGUUAUAUUCAUUGGUUUAAUGAAGAUUACUUAUCGAGUUCUAGAUUUGAAAUAAAAAGUGAUGCAAAGUCUGAUCCCCCAGCCGAUUACAACGAUAGAUGGUUUAAUGAAUGUUAUUUACCUAGAAAGUUCCAAUCUUUAAACCGCAUGUUUCAAUUUAAUAUGAAUAGCAAUUCUCGGUAUUUUCCUUCCAAUCAAGAUUUAGUGUUUGAUUAUAGUCCAUUUGAACUGAGAAAACAUAAGCCAGAUGAAACUAAUAUUGAGCUUAAGGAUUUACCCAAUAAUGUUAAGUACCACCAAAAGAAAAUUAAGAAAUUCAUAUCAAACAAAUUGGGAUAUAAAGAGACUUCUCAGCAACCAAUAGAAACAGAAACUACCUUAUCGACAAUAUCUGAAGAUUCUAAUGAAAACUACCCAGUGGUAACCAAUCCUCAACUAGAUACUGCUGAUGAAAAAUUAUAUAAAUCACAAUGGGACUACUCGUUUAAUAUCCACCACCAAGAAUAUGAUAUCAAUUUAAGAAACAUCAAGACAAGUCUUGAUGAUUUAGAUUUAUACAAAUAUAGCUUGACCAAUGCUGAUGAGGAUAAUCAAAUAUUCAAUGCCCAAGAUUUGAAAUUGUAUUCUGAGUAUAGUGGUGGUGAUGAAAAUAGAAUUGAUUUAAAUACUGUUAAUAAUUAUUUCUUUUAGCAUAGCAUGAUCAUGUAACAUUCAUUCAUAAUAUAACACAAUAAUGUAUGUUUGAUCAACUCAAAAUGUAAAUAUCUACUAUAAAAUACAUUACUACAGGUAAGCUUCUACAACAAAGCUCUAUGACAUAUAGGUUUAAUUAAAUAUUAUUUUAUAUACACAAUUACAACUUCUCAGCUAAUAACUUGGUAACUUCUUCAACAGCGGUGUUGAUUCCUUCUGGCUUAUCACCCAUACCUUGAACAAUGUUACCCUUACCACCAGCUUUACCACCAAUCUUGUCACUAACAGCCUUGGCUAAAACAGUGGCAUCAACACCUUUAGCAAUUGCUUCAUCAGAAAUAUAACAACCAUGAGCAACUUUACCAGAAGUACCAGUAAUCAAGUAAACAGACUUGGUCUUGUCUUGUUUCUUGAUUAAGUUGAAAGCUUCGGUUAUAGCCUUGGCGUUGGCAUUGAUUGGAACAUGGCUAACAAGGAAAUCAGCAGGCUUUUCUUGGUCUAACCAUUGUUUAACAACAUCCAAUGUUUUCUUCAGUUCUUCCUUUUGAAUGGCCUUGAGAUUGUCUUUGAUGGACUUGUCCAACUUGUUGAAUUUGGCAUUCAAUUUUUGCUUUUCCAAUACGGAAAUUGACAAUUGCUUCAAUCUAACACCUAAUUCCUUGGCUCUGGCUUCCUUAUCUUGACCAAAUGGCAACUUGUCAGCAAGAUCUAAUUCUUGGUCAAAUUCAGAAGCUAAACGUUGAACGUUUCUAGCAUCGUGGCCAGUAACAGCAACAAUUCUUCUAAUACCCUUGGCAAUACCAGAUUCUUCAAUGACAACCAAAUCCUUGAUUUCUCCGGUUUCACCAACAUGGGUACCACCACAGAAUUCAAUGGAAACUUCGUGCCAUUCUGGGUUCUUAGGAUUGGAUAAUAAAGUGUCAACUGGAACACCAAUAGAAACAACUCUAACUGGAUCUGGGUAAGUUUCACCGAAAACAGCUCUUAAACCAUUGAUUUCUCUAGCUUGACUCAAGGAAACAUCCUGGUAGUAAACAGUCUUGUUGUCUUUAAUAUACUUGUUAGAGAUGGCUUCAACCUUUUCUAAUUCAGCAGUAGAUAAAGCUUGCUUAUGACUGAAAUCAAAUCUCAACUUUUCUGGAGCAACCAAGGAACCCUUUUGGUCAACGGAGUCACCAAGAACUUCACGUAAAGCAUAAUUCAAAACAUGGGUACCAGUAUGGUUGUUUCUGAUUGGCCAUCUUCUCAACUCGUCAUAUGAAGCAAUGAUGGAAUCACCAACAGAUAACUCACCUUCAGUGAUGGUACCAGUAUGUAAAACGUACCCACCAUAAACUUGAACAUUGUCAACGGUGAAUUCACUCUUACCGUCAAUGACUAACUUACCGGUAUCAUAUUCUUGACCACCUUGUUCAGCAUAGAAUGGAGUCUUGUCUAAUAAGAUACCAUAUUGCUUGGUAGAAUCAUUGAUCUUGGUAACAAAUUCAGCACCAUCAUAAAUAGAAACAAUCUUGGCUUCAAUAUUUUCAGUACCAUAUUUGUAUUCAUCAUCAGUCUUUGGAACUAGUUCAGUUUCCAAGCUGGACAAAGCAUGGACAUCCAAUUUGAUCAAAGUAGUACCGUUCUUGGUACCGGUACCUUUAGAAGCUUCACGAGAUUCUUCUUUGGCACGUUCAAAACCUGGUUCAUCAAUCUUUAAUCCAGCUUCUUCAGCCAUUAAUCUGGUUAAAUCAACUGGGAAACCAUAAGUGUCGUAUAAUCUCCAAACAUCCUUACCAGACAAGGUUUGUUCUGGGGUCUUGGAAGCAAUGAUGGCAUAUUGUUCAAACAACUUUUCACCACGGUCUAAAGUCUUGGCAAAGGAAACUUCUUCUUCAUUCAAGAUUUCCUUCAAGUCAGAAGCACCAUGAACGAUUUCUGGGAAGAUUUCCUUGUUUUGUUCAAUAACAACAUCAACCAAUUGUUGGAAGAAUGAACCAAUUGGAUAGUUCAUAUACUUACGAACAUAACGAGAUCCUCUUCUCAAGAUACGUCUCAAGACGUAACCUCUACCUUCAUUAUUUGGGACACCACCAUCACAAAUGGCAAAUGUUAAAGUUCUAACGUGAUCAGCAAUGACUCUAUAAGCAGUAUCAAUACCGUCCUUGUCUUCAGCACCGAAUCUACCAGCAUAUGGUCUAACACCGGUAAUUUGAGUGAUCUUGUCAAAGAUUGGUCCAAAAACGUCAGUGUCAUAAUUGGAAGAUUUAUCUUGUAAAAUAGAAACCAAUCUUUCAAAACCCAUACCAGUGUCAAUAUGUUUAUUUGGUAAAGUUCUCAAGCUUGAAUCUGGUUCACGGUUAUAUUGAAUAAAGACAACGUUCCAAACUUCCAAAACAUUUGGAUCAUCCAUAUUAACCAAAUCAGCAGCGUUUCUACCACCACCAAUUCUGUCAUAAUGAAUUUCCGAACAUGGACCAC